AUGACGAUAUCUGAUCAAACAUUAUUUAAAAUGGUCAUAUUUAUCGCGUUUGUACAUGGCGAGUUUAUAACUUCAGAAAAUAAUAAUUGGGAUAUUUUCUGGACAAUUGGAUCUUUUGCGGUAGUAACAAUAGGUAAUCUAUCAGUAUCACCUUUUUUUUUAACGGCAAUGAUUCGUAAAUUUGAAUUUAUGACAGCAGAUGCAUUUGGUACUUGGAUAAAGUCAUUAAGUGAAAACAAUAGUUUUAUUUCAAUUCUUGAAACAUUUGGAACUGCUAGUUUUGAAGUUUUUGAGAAAUUUAUAAAUAAAUCUCUGAGACAUACUUUAGGAGAAAAGGUUGGACCAAAAUUGACAGAAAUUCUUGAUGAUAUACCUUUCACUGAAAAAGAAAAACAAUAUUUUGAAAGAUUUGUUCAGAUUGAAGAUACAACCUUAAAUAACAUGGUUAUACUCACCCUCAUGCCAGCCUUGUUAUAUAAUGAUUUAAUGUUAAAAUGUUUCAUUGAUGCAUUUACAUCUAGUUCGUCUUUUGUCACUUCUAAAUUAUUUAGAUUUGACUUUAAAGAUGACAAUUCGACUAGGUUAAAAUCAGAAGAAGGAAGUGUGAAUGAUACGAUUUAUACCUCGUUAAUUAAUAAUUUUGAAGUAUCAAGAGUGAAGUAUAUUUGGAAGGGUGAAGACUUAGUUGGAUACAAUUUGGAUCUUAAUGAUUACGAAAUAUCAGACGUUGUGAAAAAAAUCUUGGUGGCAAUUUGGAAAAAAAUUAUUAAUUGA